AUGGACCUCACUUGUGACAAAAUGUGCUCCAUGGUCAAAAAAUGGCAGACCAUGAUUGAAGCUCAUGUUGAUGUCAAGACUACAGAUGAUUAUUUGCUUCAUCUGUUCUGUGUUGGCUUCACUAAGAAGCGUAACAAUAAGAUACGGAAGACCUCUUAUGCCCAGCAUCAGCAAGUUCGCCAGAUUCAGAAUAAAAUGAUGGAAAUCAUAACUCGAGAGUUGCAAACAAAUGACUUAAAAGAGGUGGUCAAUAAAUUGAUUCCAGAUAGUAUUGGGAAAGAUGUAGAAAAAGCUUGCCAAUCUAUUUACCCACUCCAUGAUGUCUUUGUUAGAAAAGUAAAAAUGCUGAAGAAGCCGAAGUGUGAGUUGGGGAAACUUAGGAAGCUUCGUGGUGAAGGUAGCAGCUCUGGAAAAGCUACUGGAGAGACAGGUGCUAAAGUUGAAAGAGUUGAUGGAUAUGAACCACCAUUGCAAAAAUCUGUUUAAAAUUCAGGCUUCCAUUGGUAUCAAAUAAAAAGGUUUUAUUUGUGGUGUUAAAAAAAGAGCACAAAUUAAAAAA